GCGCAGUGACAGCGCAUUGCGCAAAAAAGCGAAGUCGUGUGUGCAUGUUACACGGUUAAACAUGUUAAAAAGUUUUUCUGAAAUUUUAGUUUUAUGUUACAUUCGGUGCCCAAAUCGUUCUAUAGGAACUGAUAUAUCGAACUUUUCUCCGUCUUGAUCAAGUGAGAAUCUUAGCAAAAAUAUCUAGUGAAUAUAUUUUAUCGUUUUAUUGUAAGUCAGCUUUCAUCCGUCACCAUGCCUAAAGGAAAGAAAAAUAAAGGAAAAUUCGAGCACAGAAGAACCGAGCAACCAUACUCAUCAGACGAAGAUGCCGGCAUAGACAUGACCAUCGACAACUGUUCCGAGACAUCAGGCCAGUCCGACCUCAAGAGCAUACAUGAUGACACAGAUGAUAUGCAAGAGAAGCUAGAGGAAAAAGUGAUGGAGGUUAUAGACGCACUGAGUGCGCGUUCCAACGCCGCCCGCGCCGCCGCCUUCACAUCGCUGCGCAGCGCCUUGCAACGUCGCAACCUAACCACCCUGCUUAGCAACCAGCGCGCAACUCUGGCAGAUCACGUCACUAAAGCGUUGCGGAGAGGAAAGGAUGGAGAAAGGCGUGCGGCCGCCGCUAUCGCACCGCUCUUAGCUUUGCAGAUCGGCGAGGAAGGCACAGAGGAGUACGUCCGCGAGGUGCGCCCCGCGCUCGUGGCCGCCGCCACCGACAAGUCUGCCUCCAUCGAGGCUCGCACUGAGUGCUGUUCAUCGCUGGCAGUGCUGUGUUACCUACUAGAGGAGGACCUCACAGAGAUCAUCGAGGUCAUGCGCAUGUACGAGACUAUCUUCAGUGGCAGCUAUCUCAAGGGCGACGGCAGCGUGAAGGUGUCGGGCGCGGCGGUGGAGGCGGGCGCGCUGCACGCGGCGGCGCUGGACGGCUGGGCGCUGCUGCUCACGCUGCCGCCCGCCGCGCACGCCGCCGCGCUGCUGGCCGCGCAGCCGCCCGGCCUGGCGCGCCUCAGGGACCUGCUGGAGGCGCACAGCCUGGAGGUACGAAUGGCAGCCGGCGGCGCCCUAGCCAUCGCACAUGAAUGUACAUCGGAGCCCGACGCGAGUGGAGACGACGCGCUCAUAGCGGACCUACUGCCCCGCCUGCAGGAACUGGCCCGAGACUCGCACAAGUACCGCGCCAAGCGAGACCGCAAGCUGCAGCGGGCCACCUUCAGGGACAUACUCAAGUACUUCGAGGAAGACGAGGUGCCGUCGCUCACCAUCCGCGUGGGCUCGGAGUCGGUGUCGUGCCCGUCGUGGGGCUCGCGCCUGGCCUACGGCGCCCUGGCCGCGGCGCUGGGCGCCGGCCUGCAGACGCUGGCGCCGCACUCGGCCGCGCUGCGGGCCGCGCUGGGGCUGGCCGACGUGCUGCCGCUGGACGUGCCCGCCGUCAAGCUCAACAAGCUGCAACGGCAUCUACAGAACAACGCUGCGUGUAAGGCGCGGACAGUGGCGCGCAACAAGAACAGAGACAAGCGCUCCGCCGCGCUCGCCAUCUGAUACCGUCGCCGUCGCCUGUACAUACUCUAGUGAUAGUCCCAGCUCUACACAGAUCGGUCUGACUCUCUCAUUGGCCAAAUACUACGGCCGUGGCAAGUCUAUAACAUCAGCCCAUACACGUCCCACUGCAGGGCACAUGCCUCCCCUCAAGGAGCAUACUACGCUACUCCUUUUCAGGUUGAUUGAGGUAUUAGAAUCACACCAAAAAAGCCGCUUUACAAGUUAAUCAAGUUGUAAAGACUUCAAUUUUAAUGUAAACUUCAAGUGCCUAUAUUCUACUGGCCUUUUAGCCUAUAAUUGUGUGUAUUUUUUUGGGCUUAUUUGUCCAGUAUGACAAUGGCCUUCUGUACGUCCUUCCACUUUUGUCGGGCCCUCCGCGGACUAAAAUAUCCUAGAAUGAACCCUAAAAUUCGGUAGGAUUUCUAGUGUCUUUCAGAAAGGGAAAAAUAUAGCAAUAUUUCUUAUGUAAAGUUCAGAAAUGAAACAAGAGAAGCUGACCAUCUGUGUAGACUUAAAUUUGGCUCUCUCACCAUUCUAUAGCUUAGAUCUGUAGAUCUUUUUAUAUUUUAUUCCAACAAUGAAGUCCAACGAGUUUUAGACUCAAGAUCAUAAUUUUAAUCAUAAUAUACCUAUUUUAGAAUGGUGAAAUAGCCCGUAUUUUAAUAUAAUGUUUAGAGCCGGUUUUUAAGUAUCCGAUGGCCACAAAGCGAACAUGCAGUGCCAACGCAGUUGUUCAGGUUAGUUCCUAAUGUUGGCACGGCACAGUCAGGUUGUCUUUGUGGUCGUCACGUGAUCGAGACAUGACGUCACGACUGAUGGUCGGUUCCGAAAAAAAAUCGUUUGGCACAUAGUAUUAGAUCGCUCGGCUUAGUUUAACGCUAGCAUCGCGGAGAACGUCUUACGUGUUAGCUUAAAGUAGGCUAGUUGUCGAACCAAAGAAAUUGUUGUUUAUAUAAAAAUAUAGAAACUGGAACCGCCUAUCCUAUUCGGCUAUUCUUAGCUCGAAAAUAUAUCGUUAUUUUUCCACCUCAAGCAAUAAAUUCACCAGCGAAAUCCUUUAUAAUUAUUUGUAUUAGGUAUCGUUACUUUUACAUUAUCGCCGUUUUUUAAUAUUUCGUUUUGUAUAGACGUUUCGACUUACUCCAUAUCUUGGUGGUUUGGGCUUGCUCUACGUCCCGAAUGAGUGUUGGUUGUUACUUUAACACUGCCAUAAUGGUGAAACGUUGCAGUUUUAGUGGAAUAUUUUAUAUUUUACUUUAAUGUUAUAUUUUAUUGAUAUAUUUUUGUAUAAAUUUGACGGUUGAGGUUUCAAUGUGUUAUAAAUUUGUAUCACAAUUAUUAUAAUUAUUAAAUAGCCCAAUUGUAGCACUAAUACUAUAGUUAUUGUUUGUUUUUAUUGCAAAGGAAAUCAAGUUGUGGAGUAAGAAAUAUAUUCUAAUGAUUGAUGUAAUAUUUUAGUGCAGAAAACUGAAAUUGCCCAUGUACCAUGUAUUUUAGAAAUUAUUUGUAGGAUUGAUAUUAAUGUAAGGGGUUUGAAAUUAAAUAAUCUGGUUGUUCGGCUCGGAUGUUGACUAAACAUAGAGAAGUAAUAACGGAAUGCAAUUUCAGCUUUCUGGUUUACUAUGACUUGUACUGUAACGUGUAACGAAGUCGUAUACUUGCGUAUCGUUAAUCCUAGCAUUAUAUUAUAAUAUAAUGACAGUGCAAUUCAUAUUUUCUCUGUAAAUAUUAUUUUAAUUUAAUGUGCGUUACCGCGGCCGCCUCUACUGUACAUUAAUUAGGCUAACGGAAUGUUGAAAUAAUAUUUAUUAUGAGAA